ACGUUAUUUGCAAUCCGCCAAUGAAGGAAAAGAAGAAGAACUCUUGCAGGCGAAAAAGUACGCUCUACAGCAAGAGUCUCUACUCUCCGUUUAAAAGGCCAGAGAUGGCACUGCUUUACGGCUUAAUAUGGCGGGUUCUUUUAGCUGUGGUUCGCAUCAAAAGGGCGACAGUUUCCUGGCUCCGAGUCCGUCUUCAAACAUGGAGAGGCCGUUUUUGGCAGCGAACAGUGGCCGCGCUGUUGCUGCCAGUUCCUGUGACUGAGUUCCCGGACUACCUGAAGAAGGCCCGAGACUAUGAUGGCAAAGGCGCUGAAAGCCGUCGGUCCCGCUGGAUAUCUGACGGGAAUUCGCUGAAGAAACUACCGGUUCACAUCGGCUUUGUAGUGGCGGAGGAGGAGCUAAGCUACACGGACAUCGCCAACCUGGUCGUGUGGUGUAUGGCUGUCGGUAUUUCCCACGUCAGCGUCUACGAUCAUCACGGUAUUUUCCAGAAGAACCACAUCUGUCUUCAGGAAGAGAUAGUGAAGAAACAACAAAGCUUGUUGGGUGGAGAUGACUCUAGAUACAAUAUGGAGUUACUGAAGAGCAGCACAGACAAACCCCAGCACUUUGUUGUGUCAUGUAGACCCAUAGUGAAGGUGCUCUCUCCAGAAGAUGGGAAGCAUAGUAUUGUCCAGGCAGCAAGAAAGCUUUGUCACUCUGUGGAGAAGAAGGAGUGGAGCGCUAAAGACAUCAGUGUCUCCAUGUUGGACAUACUUCUCAGAGAAUCAAAAAAUACCCCAGACCCUGAGUUGGUGGUGAAGUUUGGUCCUGUGAACAGUACACUGGGCUUCCUCCCCUGGCACAUCAGACUCACAGAAUUCAUUUCCCUGCCCUCUCACAAAAAUGUUUCGUAUGAAGACCUGUUUACCGUUCUGCAGCAGUACAGUGCCUGUCAGCAGCGGCUUGGACAAUGAUGUGCUGAUUGUUCUGGGAAGAGCAAGAGGCAUGUUGUUUAACCUGGUUAGACGGACUCUGGAUUGAAGGUGACGUCCUUCCUGUCGACCGUAUUCCCCACUACCAGGCCCUCCUACGUUUUUCUUCUGGAUUAAAACAUUUGGGACAGCCAAAAGAUGAGGAAACCAAGAAUAAUUGCCCGCUUGUCUUUUAUCACUACCUUAGGUUUUAUGAUGAAGUCACAUUCCAGCAUUUGUGAAACAUUGCAAAGCAAUGGAAGAUAUCACAACAGAGAUGGACACUCACUUAAUGACUGUUUUGCAAAAUCUGUUUUGUCUCCCCAACCUUGGAUUCUUUAGCCAUCAUUACCUUUUGCAGCAAAAAAUUAAUAUCCUUUAAAGUAACAGAGAGAACCAUUACAUCAGUCUUCAGUUUGUAUCUUGUAAAAUACAGCCACAUUUUUGGAUGAAUUUUGCCAAGUAGCUUUGCUUUGGAACAGAAAAAAACAGCAGUGUGUCUGACUCUGUGUUCUGCUGGCCUCCACAUCAAAAUUGUCACCUCCUUUUCAUUUUGUAAGCACUGACAAAUGUUUGAGUUUGUAUGAAAUAAAGAAAGGUGCAGUCACUGUGACUGCCACAGAGAAAUUGAUUUUUUUAAAUGAGAGUUCUUAGAUAAUGUAAUUUGAAGCUAUUAGACAAAAUAAUGUUCAUGUUUUGGAUGUUUAAUGAUGCUUUUCUAAUUUACUUUUGGGGAAGUUCAUCUAAACAUAAUAUUUUUACAAGAACAAGUUACCUUUGAUGCAUUGUUGAUGAGUUGUUUACACGUUAAGCACAUAAUAGACUUUUGGAGGUGAAGAGCUCAUUGUAAACGAUGUGUAAACCACAUGUUGUUGGAUCCUAACAUUUUGUGUCUAUAUUACCUUUUUGAUUAAUGACAGGCUGGAAACUAAUAAGCUGGUGCUUCUCUGUUCAAAAUACCCAGGGGCACCAAUUGGUAGUCUUUGACAACUUCUGUCCAAUAAAUGGCAAAAAGAAUGAACACAAGACAAUAUUUGUAAAUUACACUGGUGUGAUUUAAUGAAAUGAUUAAAUUAAGUUGCAAAACACACCUGGAAAGCAACAUCCCACAUAUUAAAUUCAUAAACACAUUCUUCUUGCCCACAUUGACAGAGUGGAGUCUUCACAUUAUGAUGUUCUGACUCCAGAGAGUGUUCAUUUUGUUCAUGAUGUCUGAUGUAACAGUGAAUGUUAAGUUCAAGCGCUUUAAAUAUCCAAAUAAGGAGAACAAAGCACAAAACAAUAAAUCCUUAAAAACACGCAAACCAUUACAGAAUAAUUCAGUUUAAAGGUUAUGUGCUAAGAAACAUUAAAAGCGUUUCUGAACAAAA